AGGCUUAGAAUGUUUUAUAUUAAUGGGUUUUAAUGAAUGGAUUGAAGAAAACUUAACAAUUUUUAUUAGAUGGAAGUGCCUGUGCAUAGUGCCGACAGUCUACCAAAAAGAGUCCUCUUCCCCAAGAAGAAAUGGUUUGCCGAGGAAGACCCUCCGAAGGACUUGGUUAUAAUAUCCAGAAAGGAGUGGGAGGCUGUCGAGCCGGAAUGUAAUCCAGAGUUUGAUCAGCUGACUCCCAUGAAAGGACCAGCUGUUAGGGUCAACUUCAAUUGCACUGCUUCCGAACCUUGCUACAACCUGACGGAAUGUAAAGCAUUGCUCCAGAGGUGUCAAGAGAAUUACAUGGGCUGUGGCUACCCUGAUAUCACACACAAUUUCAUGAUUGGUGCAGACGGCAGAGUGUACGAGGGUAGAGGUUGGGACACAAUACCAGACCAUCUCUGGGGGAAAAACAAAGACAAAUGCAUAGACAUUGCAUUUACUGGAUUCUACAUGGAUCACGAUAAAUACCCCCUGCCAAUCCAAGUGGGAACUGCCUAUAAGCUUUUGGACUUUGGCAUCAAAAGCAGAAAAAUAAGUCCAAAAUAUAAGGAGACUUGGUUCAGAGACGAGGGAUUUGCUGGAAUAGGCGAAAGAAAAUUAAAAGGCAUUAUGGGUAGAAAGCUCAAACCUAAAGUCACAAAGUUAAGGGAGUUGUAUGAACAAUAUGAUGUUAUGUUUAUUUGAAUCUAAGGAUUUUUCUUUUUUAGGUUACUAUUUUCUGUAUUAUUAAAAUAAAAAUAAAUUAUUUACUUUAUACAUUA